AUGGCUCAACCCAAAGGAGAUACAGCAAUCGUCGAGACCGUUGGCGCACCAGCGUCCCUCGCUUUCCGCUGCCCCUUCGUCAUUGCCGACACGCCAUACGCACGCGAGGAACUCUCUGUCACCAAUCAGACUCACAAUGUUGCCGCCCUCACCGCCGCCAUUGCCGACAGCGACCCUGCCACCGCAAUCCCCAUUGCUAACGGCUCCGCCCGACGAAACACCAUUUCCAAGGCGGCGAGGAUGUCCAUAGCAGCUAGCCUGCCCUCCCCUCCUGCUAGCCUGCCGCUGCACCGUUCCCUCGCCGGCGCCAAGAUGCACCAAGACAGUGCCAUCGACGACGAUUCUAUGUCGGGAGAGGAAGUCGAAGGGUCCGUAGACGGUAACCGUGCUCGUCGCGCCAGUGAUGGGCAGUCCUUGACAAAGGACAGCAAGAAGAGCAACCGCGUGGAGGUGCGAUGUGAGACGUGUGGAAAGAGCUACAAGCAUAGCAGUUGCUUGACGAAGCACUUGUGGGAACACACUCCGGAGUGGUCGCUGACCUCGAAGCUGCUCAUCUCCAAGCACCAGCAAGUCCAGCUUCUCGAGGCUGCCUCGGUUCUGGUGGCCAUGAACGGUCCAAACCAGGAACCCGAGGUUGUCACGCCCCCCGACUCUGCCAGGGACUUUACCAGCGAGCCCGAAUCCGCCUCCCCGACUGCCUCGGGCUACUCGGAGCACCAAGAGCGACACAGCUCUGCCGACACGACCCCACCUCCGGUUGGCGAACAUCUCGGCUUCAAUGGCCUGGCAUAUCGUGAAAAGCGUCUCAGCGGUGGUAGCGGGAUUGCUCAAAGUCUCCGAUCGCCCCCACUCUACCCCGAACACCUUUCCAGCAGCGUUCCGCAUGCGCAAUGGAACACCGGCCGUCGACCGUCGCUAGGUCCUGCGGGUACGGGCAACGAAGACCGCGACUUGGCCGCUGCUGUUGAGCUCCUGAGCUGCAGCUUUGGUAGUAAUGGUGGACAUGAUGUUGUUGGUGUGGCUGCUGAUGCUCCGCCCGUGCCUCCAGUCCCCGAGCAGUACCGUGAUCAGGCGCGAUCCUUCUCCACCGCUGGUUUCCUGAACAGUUUCCCCGCAAGACAGCCCGAAAGCUUCACCCGAGGUGAAUUUCGACGCGGGAGCCAUGACGUCAAGAUGGAGGACAGCGGCGAGUCGGCGGCAGACGAAGACGAUCUCGAGUCUCGGGCUCGGGCUCGUAGUGACGAGGAUGACGACGGCGUCUUUGGCCGUAUGGAGGAAUAG